AUGCCGGAUUUGAAGAGGACGCUUGAGCGGGCAAUCAUUGUUAAUGGAUAUAUUUACAACCGAACUAUGUUGUUGAACAUGAUCAGAGAGUUCACCGAACAAAGAGACCUUAUAAGGCCAGCUAAAACUCGUUUUGCCACUGCUUUCUUGGCUAUGAGAAGCAUUCAGCAGCAUAAGCAAAAUUUGAAAAAGAUGUUUACUUCAGAAAAUUGGAGUAAAAGCAAAUUCGCGAAGGAACAAACUGGUAAGCAAGCACAGAAAAUUAUAUUGAUGCCUUCGUUUUGGAAUUCUAUCAUUUAUGCUAUGAAAGUUGGUGGCCCAUUAUUGGAGGUACUUCGGUUGGUGGAUGGGGAGAAGAAGCCUGCCAUGGGUUAUAUAUAUGUGACAAUGGAUAGGGCUAAGGAGAAAAUAGCAAAAGCCUUUGGUAAUAAUGAGGAUAGGUACAAAGAUGUUUUUGAGAUAAUUGACCAUAGGUGGCAGUUGCAGCUCCAUCAAGACUUGCAUGCAACGGGUUAUUUCUUGAACCUCAAGUUCUUUUACUCAAAUUCUGAGAUAGAACAAGAUGAAGAAGUAGUUAUGGGGUUGUACAAUUCAAUCAGUAGGUUGACUGAUGAUCCUGAGUCAAAGGGAACAAUACAUACAGAGUUGUUAAAAUACAAACAAGCCGAAGGUCUUUUUGGGAAGCAAAUUGCAAUCCAAAUGAGAAAGAAAAGGAAUAGAUUGGAGCAAAAACGCCUGAAUGAUUUGGUGUUCAUUAAGUACAAUAGAGCUCUGAGGCGUAGAUACGAUAGUCGUGAUACCAUCGAUCCUCUCAUAUUGAGUGAAGCAGAUGAUGGAAAUGAAUGGUGCACAACAAGGCCUCAUCUCUUUAGUGGGGAUGCAGAAAAAGCAAUUUGGGAUGUAAGAGACAAGGUAAAAGUUCCACUAUAUGGAUGUGAUUGCUAUGCUUAUGCUCUUCUAGCUUCUGGAUUUGUCGAUCUUGUUAUAGAAUCUGGGCUUAAGGUGAUUACUUCAGUUCUCAAUUAA